UGUGCAGUGACAACGGUGAAAAACAUGGCUUUAAUUCCAGCAGUCAGUUGUGUUUCAGGUCCUGAUUUGAGGAUUGUGACGAUUGGAAAAACUGGUGUGGGCAAGAGUGCUGUUGGGAACACCAUCCUGGGAUAUGAGCGUUUCAGAUCUUGUCCUUUAUCUGCAUCAGUGACUGAGUUCUGUCAAAAAGCUUGGGUACAGUGGGGUAACAGAGUAGUUAGUGUUGUAGACACACCAGGGAUCCUGGACACUUCAAAAUCAGAUGAGUUCAUCAAAAGUGAAAUCGUCAAAUGUGUUGAAAUCUCCUCUCCCGGUCCUCAUGUGUUCCUGUUGGUCAUCCAAAUCGGACGAUUCACAAGAGAAGAGAAAAACUCAGUGGAAGCCCUGCAGGAGCUGUUUGGCCCCGAGGCAAACAAGUACAUGAUUGUGCUCUUCACCCGUGGUGGUGAUCUUGGAAACACAACCAUAGAGCAGUAUGUACAUGACGCUGAGCCAGGGCUUAAACGCAUCAUCCAAAGCUGUGGAAACAGGUACCACGUCUUUGACAACACCAGCAGAGACAGAAAGCAGGUGGUGGAGCUGGUCAAGAAGAUCGACAAAAUGGUGUCAGUAAAUAAGGGCACGCACUACACAGACGCCAUGUUUCAAGAGGUGGAGGAAGCGCGCAAAAAGGGAGUAACACUGGAGCAGUAUAGGUUCACUGAGUCGUUGUGUAAACGUAUCAAACUUUUUCGCAUCAUUCUUGGGAAAGAUUAAACUAUUGUGGUUAAUUGUAAUUAUUCUAUUCUAAUCAGGGCAGCUUUUAUACCUACAUGAAAUAUACAGUUUGUUCAUGAUGACACACAUUGUGUAGGAUCAAUUGAUGUUUAUUUCCCAUAAAGAAAUAAUAAAAUAAACUAUUAUUGAUUAUGUGAGUUUAUCUUUUGACUUUGAAGAAGAACGUAUUUAAAAGUGAAAUAAUGAUCAUAUAAUCAUCAUCAUUAUAUGAUAUUCAUAAUAUAAGCUGUGCUAUUAAAGUAUUUAUUGUCUCUGUUGCAUCUAUUCUGAUUUGUAUAUGGGUAUCAAAUCAUGGUGGUUAUGUCUGAGAUGAGAUUUAGUCAAUUAAAUAUUUUAUGUAUGCCUACAUUUCUGAUCUUUUAGAACCCAGGCUGCGAACCCUUAUCGCAGCCUGAGAUCAUCUAAUCAAAGGCUGCUGGUCGUCCCACGAACACGUUUUAAGACCAGAGGUGAUAGAUCUUUUAGAGCGGUGGCCCCCAGGUUGUGGAAUGCUCUCCCUCCAACAUUACAUUGCCUUGACUGUAUUUAUUCAUUUAAAAAGCAGCUUAAGACUCAUUUAUUUAGAUUGGCUUUAAAUUAAAUUUUUACUGUAUGUUUGAUUUUUGUUGUA